AGGUUUAGUUGUACUGGGAUGCUGGUGUGAAUAACGAGAACGCGAACAUCAGAUGAACCCUCAGCCAAUCGGAGCGCUCGCUUUAAGGUGGCAUCAAACUCUUUGACCAAUCACCGCGCAGUAUUUCUGGCGUUCUCGACUGUGUGGCGCAUCACCGGCAGCUGUUUGCGUUGAGCUGCACGCACUUGGUUUAUCACUGCUUUACCGAAGCCGCGUCUUUCCUUCCGCCUGCGCAUCAGAUCGUGGUCAUCAUGCCUGACAUGGAAAUAAAAUCUCCAAAAUGGCAUCCAGAACGGGAGACAGAGGAGGACGUGUUUGAUCAUACGUAUAAAGAGAAAGAAGGGCCUAAGCCUCCCACCGUCAUAGUGUGGAGAAAUGUCAUUCUCAUGAGUUUUCUGCAUAUCGGAGCUCUGUAUGGUCUCUUCCUGGCACCAUCCGCAAGUGCUCUCACGUGGAUCUGGUUUUGUGCGUGUUUCUUGUUCAGUGCUCUGGGCAUCACCGCAGGCGUUCACAGGCUCUGGAGUCACAGAUCAUAUAAAGCAUCUUUACCUCUCCGGAUCUUUCUCGCUUUAGGAAACUCCAUGGCUUUCCAGAAUGACAUCUACGAAUGGUCACGUGAUCAUCGCGUUCACCACAAAUACUCUGAGACGGACGCGGACCCUCACAACGCCGUGCGAGGGUUUUUCUUCUCUCACAUCGGCUGGCUGCUGGUUCGCAAACAUCCGGAUGUCAUCGAGAAGGGACGCAAGCUGGAUCUCAGCGACCUGAAGGCCGAUAACGUCGUCAUGUUUCAGAGGAGGCACUACAAGCUGUCUGUGCUGCUGAUGUGCUUCUUCGUGCCGACGUUCGUGCCGUGGUACAUGUGGGGCGAGUCUCUGUGGGUGGCGUAUUUCGUCCCUUCCCUCCUCAGAUACGCGACUGUGCUCAACGCCACCUGGCUGGUCAAUAGCGCCGCGCACAUGUGGGGAAACCGGCCCUACGACGGCAACAUCAACCCCCGGGAGAACAGAUUCGUCACCUUCAGCGCUAUAGGCGAAGGCUUCCAUAACUACCACCACACGUUUCCCUUCGACUACGCCACCAGCGAGUUCGGCUGCAAAUUCAAUCUGACCACCUGUUUCAUUGACUCCAUGUGUUUCCUGGGUCUGGCCAGAGAGCCCAAGCGUGUGUCCAAAGAGGCUGUGCUCGCUCGAGCUCAGCGCACCGGAGACGGCAGCCACAGGACCGGCUAAUGGUCACCAUCCAUCCGAACGAACUGCCAAACUGAACGCCGAAGGACAAUCAGUCCUUCCAGUGACGGGGAGUUUCGACGCUGUUGAAGUUUCUGCACUAACUUCGUGUUAGAUGACAAAUGUUUUUUUUCCCCCCAGUGUAGUCAGUGACGCUUUAAUACGGGGAUCUGACCUGUUUGUGUAGCGCUUAUUCAGAUUUUCUUUCCGGCUUCCUCUCCUCGAACAGCAGCUGUAGAUAUUUUUGAGUCCGGUCUAAGCUCUUGUCGCUGACGUGCCGGUUUGCUCAAUGCAGGAGCUAAACACAGCGCCUAACAACCCCAAUACUCUUUUUGUGUGCGUCCCUUACCAAAUCUAGCUGUGCAUUUUGGUAGAAAUUAACUAAGAUGCACAUCUAUUUAAUAUACUACAGCUGCACCUUACUGUAUCUGGACUAGACCAAAUACAGACUAGACUAGAGUAUUUCUUAAUUUAAUAUUGCCAAUCGGUUUUGUUGCCUUGCCAUACUUGCACAAAAUGUUCAUUUGGAGAAAUGCUUGAAUAGUUGGAAUCUGUGUUGAUGAUUUGUGAUGAUAUUUUUGUGCAUUUUUGACCACAGCACAAAUACGACAGACAGCCGUGAAACGGUUAAUACGUUAAUACGUCUGUUAGUGUAAGCAUGCUGUAUUAAUACAGAACUCUCUUUUCUAUCACAAAAUAAUACAGAUGGAUGUAUCUGCAGAUUUACAGUAAUUAUAAUACUUAAUGUGUGUUAUGAUGCCAAAAACCAUUGUGUUGCAUGCGAUCUGAAUGGUGUGGGCUGGUUUUUGCUCUAGUUUACCUGUAUGUUUACUCAAACAUAAUCUAUUUUCAGAGAUUUUUUCAGUGCUAUUUUUCCAUUUUUGGAUUUAAUUUGACAAAUUGCUUGUAAUUAAUUUGUUUGGUAAUUUUAAAAACAUUUGGAUUGUAGUUCUUUGAAGACUUUAUAAUAUAUUUUGACUCCCGAUCCUCUCACACAGGACAGAUCGCCUUAUUUUUACUCUUGACACUUGUGACUCAAGGUGCCAAAAAGCGGUUGUGGUAUUUCUCAUGCUGUUUGGAAGAAGCCUUCAGCUCUUAAAACUAAUGUGAUGUUCCUGUUUGCGAUAACAGCCUGUAAUAAUCAAUAGACACUUGUUUCAUAAUCAUUUACUGGAAAUAAAGUCUGAAGCGACAAGCUUCUACACUUUCUGACA